AUGGAAGUUGAGGAUUUCGGCCCUAUAAGCCUAGUAAGCAAGGGGAGACAAAUACUUGAUUCAGUUCUCAUUGCCAACGAGUGCUUGGAUCAUAGGUGCGGCUUUAGUAAUAGGUGGAUAUCCUCAAUGCUAGUUAAUGGCACCCCUGAUGGUUUUUUCAACAGUUCAUGUGGAUUGCGGCAAGGGGAUCCAUUGUCUCCCAUUCUCUUCGUUAUUGUUAUGAAGGUACUUGGUCAGAUGGUGAAGGCAGCUGUUGAUGGGGGUUUCUUAGCAAGUUUCCCGGUGAGUAGUGAUACUAAUGGUUCUAUCAUAAUCUCACAUCUCUUUUGUGAUGCGGACCCUGGCCAUAUUCAAGCUUUACACGCACUUUUGUUAUGCUUUGAAGCCGUGUCGGGGCUUGGCAAGUCAGAGAUGGUGGCGGUUGGAGUGGUGCCUAGAAUCAAUAGGCUGACAAAUCUCUUGGGCUGUAAAGUGUCUUCUCUACCCAUGAAAUACUUGGGCCUUCCAUUGGGGGCAACUUUUAAAGUAAGAGCUAUUGGGGAUGGAGUUAUUGAGAAAGUAGAGAAAAUGUUUGCUGGUUGGAAACGGUUGUAUUUAUCGAAAGUGGGCCGAAUUGCUCCUAUCAAGAGCACUUUAUCCAACCUUUCGACAUAUUUUCUAUCUCUUUUUCCAUUGCCUGCAAGGGUGGCGACUAGAAUCGAGAAAUUAUUUUGGACUUUCUUGUAG